UUCCCUCGAAAACAUGUGCCAAAUUCUCACCCUAACUGGCUAAAAGAUCCCCCCGAAAAAUCCCUCUGGAAGACACUGUAUCCCCAGCCGUCGAAUAAGAUCCCUGCCGCCCUAGCUGCCAUCGUAUCGCUACGUUGAAAAUGUAUCACUCACCGAAGAUCGUGAAGCUGGCCCCGUCGUCCGCGAAAAGUAAAAAUAGGGUCAAACGAACGUCAGGCGUCGGUCGCGCGAAACGACUCGUGCAUCGGGGCAUCGUCGGUGUCCGCGUAACGGAGGACCUCGAGCCGGAACACAGUGGGGAUCGAAGGAAGAAGAAAACGAAAUCGUCGCCGUGGGAGAGGGACGGUUUUCGAGAGGCGUGGGGGAGGCCGUGUGCCCCAAAGGGGAGUGGUGGCCGAUCGUGGUCGUUCUGCGCGAACAAAGAGGUGUAACGUGGGGGGUACGCGACUUGGGCCCGGGUGGCGAAGGCGAAAGCAUGCCGCGUAUAUAAGGCGACGAACCGCCGGCAAUCAGCAUCCAGUUCACUUCUGGACGCACCUGGAAUAUCUCGAGAGCAAAAAUGAGAGUCCUGAUCUACGCGACGGCGUUCGCCGUUCUGAUCUCGUCCACUUGGGCCGCGGAGGCCGAGAAGGCGGAGCCGCAGGAGGCGGACAAGACCACGAAGAAGCAGGAGAAGAGGGGUCUGUUGGGUCUCGGUUACGGCGGAGGCUACGGCUACGACGGCGGCUACGAGCUCGGCGCUGGUGGACACGGUGGCCUGGAAUUAAGCGGUGGCCACGGCUACGGAUACGGCAACCUGGUCGGCUACGACCACGGUCACGAGCACGUGAAAACCGUAACGGUGGUCAAGAACGUCGCUGUUCCGUACCCAGUUGAAAAGCACAUACCCUAUCCCGUGGAGAAGCCCGUUCCAGUCGCCGUGAAGGUCCCGGUACCGCAACCCUACCCGGUGGAGAAACCCUAUCCAGUCAAGGUCUACGUCAAAGUACCAUACCCCGUCCCGCAACCCUACCCAGUCGAGAAGAAGGUCCCUUACCCAGUCCAAGUGCCCGUCGACCGUCCAUACCCCGUCAAAGUACCGGUACCACAGCCGUACCCAGUGGAGAAGACCGUCCACGUUCCAGUCCAAGUACCAGUGCCGCAACCGUACCCCGUAGAGAAGCCUUACCCUGUGCCAGUGGGCGUACCGCAACCGUACCCCGUCGAGAAGCCUGUGCCCUACCCAGUGGAGAGACCUAUUCCCGUCCCUGUACCGAAGCCUUAUCCCGUCCCAGUGGCGAAACCUGUGCCCUAUCCAGUGGAAAAGCCCGUACCCGUGCCCGUGAGGGUCGAGGUGCCUCGACCAGUGCCAGUACCAGUCGACAAACCUGUGCCAGUCGACAGGCCUGUACCCGUUCACGUGUCCAAACCGGUGCCCUAUCACGUCGAGAAGCCUGUCCCUUAUCCCAUCGAGGUACCAGUUUCUGUACCUGAUCACAGCGAGGAGAGCGGGGCGCAAAGCGUCGUCGCGUUGCUCUGCCUGUUGAUAGGCCUAGCGUGCUCGGCCAGUCGCAGAGAGGAUCUGGAAAGAGCCGCGGAGCUGGCAGUGGAGAGAGCAGCGGAAAGGGCUGCUGAGAGGGCAGUGGAGAAAGCCCUGGAGAGUGGAAACACCACCACGGUAACGGAAACCGUGAAGGACACCCACUCCAGCGUCAGGAAGGCGUCUUACCGCAAGGACUUUAACGACGACCGGUCCGAUUAUUCCUUCUCGAUGGAAAAGAAGGAUACACAGGACGAAGACUGGAGGAAGUUCUCGAAGAGCCUCAGCGAUGGUCCUUUCGGGGGCUGGUCGAGCAAGAUGGACUGGAAACGGUUCCCCAGAAGCGAGGAAUCGAGCCGGAGUUACGAGGCCUCGCCGUGGGAGAAUCCGAAAGUGAUAACGAUAGAGAAGAAGGUGCCAGUACCUGUGACCGUCGAGAAAAAGGUCCCGUACACCCUGUACAAGCCUGUCCCGUACGAGGUGAAGGUCCCGGUACCUCAGCCGUACACGGUCGAGAAGAAGGUACCGUAUCCUGUGAAGGUGUUCGUGAACGUACCGGUCGAAGUGCCAGAGCCUUAUGUAGUGGAAAAGAGAGUGCCGUACGAGGUGAAGGUCGAUCGACCUGUACCGUACAGACUGGAGGUUCCAGUCCCGCAACCGUACACGGUAGAGAAAAAGAUACCAGUGGAGGUGAAGGUGCCGGUACCUCAGCCGUACCUGGUCGAUAAGGCAGUGUCCUACGAGGUGAAGGUGCCCGUGAAGGUACCAGAGCCUUACGAGGUGGAGAAGAAGGUACCAGUCCCGGUUAAAGUCUUCGUGGACCGACCUUACCCGGUACCAGUGCCCAAGCCGUACCCUGUCGAGGUCGAGAAACCUUAUCCAGUGCCUGUGGCUAAGCCCUAUCCCGUCAGGAUCAAGGUACCGGUCGACAAACCUUAUCCGGUACCCGUCGAGAGCCCUAUAGCCGUUCCAGUGAAGGUCCUAGCGCCCCAACCCUACCUCGUGGAGAAACCUGUCACGGUGGAGGUGAAGAAACCCUACGCCGUGCACAUCAAGGUGCCUGUGGACAAACCAUACGUGGUGCCCGUGCCUAAGCCAGUACCCGUGACAGUGGAGAAACCCUUCCCCUACUGGGUACAGGUGCCCGUUAAAACCAAUUCGGAUUGGAACGCGAAGGAAACUCACGAAUUCCACGAUAGGAAUGGCUCGAACAGGAAGGAAGAUCGUUCGAGAGCUGGCGACGAGAGCAAGAAGUCGAGCAGGCCUCGCAGGAGACCUCACUGAUUGCACGUAUAAGUAGGAUUCACAGAGACAAUUUUGGGGGUAGUGUUUAGUUUAUUUAUUUUCGAGUAUCCGUGACUCGUGCGAAAAGGGGAAAAUGAGAUGGAUACUGGGACGACUGAUGUUUCUAAUAAAUUUUCAAGCUGAAACAGUUUACGAUGAAUGCUUCGUAUGAACGAAUGAAUAAAAGUGGGAACCGAUGUGGAAUAUAUAACAAUUUGUUACUCGUAAAUAAAUCUCGAGGAUAUGUUCGUUAUUAAAAAUAGAAUCGAUCCGACUAUGCUGACAGUACCGUGAAUUUUCAGCUACUUUCGUUACCUAAUAAUUCUAAGCACAUCAUUAACGUUAGUCAUCAACGAUUACCUCACCGACCGGAGUCUUUUCCCUUGGACGUGAUGGAGAGUGGCACGAAUACGGUUAAAUACAUGUAAAGCACACGCAGUGUACACAAAGUACUCUAUCCUUCGGUCUCAUUAUCUCUCCACGUAAUUAAACGCUCGAGCGCCCGCGAUCGCGUGAAUUUCCCACGAUUCCGAUACACGUACACCUUUGAUCCGGUUUUCUUUUUUUUUUUUUUUUUGAGAAAUUCCUCGCGAGGAAGUGCUCGCCGCAUCGCAUUUACCAUCGCGAUCGCGAAUUCUUCACGCGUUCCGGCGCGUACGCAACGGAAUACGGAAUAUCGCAGCGGUAAAAUCGAGCAAGGCUCCUGCGAGCGCCUUUCCCCGAUCAGGAGAAGAGCCGCGAGUCUCGUUGAAAAAUUAUCCGACGAUCGAGAGUCGUAAACUCUCGUUUAAUUGUCCUCGUGACAGCGGAUACUCUGCUUCCGUUUACGUGAAACGGCUACAGUCGAUUUCGUUUUCAGGAAAAAGUGUACUUAUUUAUUUCUACAAUGCAUCAGCAAUUUUUUUUUCUAUUAUGUAUUGCACGAACAAUUCACUCUCUUUGUUUAGCUGAACGAAGAGGAUAAACAUCGUUUUACUUUGCAAUUCUUUAUUCAGCCGAGUAAAGAAGAUAGGUAACCGUUCUUGCCAUCAACAAAGCUGUCUCGAGAAUAAACAAGAAAGACGUAAAUGUCCAAGCUAUCGUUAUCCAGACUUUACGAACGUAAGGCUUCUAGUAAGGAUUGGAAAGUCUCGUAUUAUACUUUACAAGCCUCUUCAUCGAGUCACAGAAUAAACAAAUAAGUUUACGAAGUUUGUAACUUAUCCAUUUUCUGAAAUUAAAAGUGAGACGCUUCUCUGCUGGAUGUCUAAUAAAGAAGCCAACGACCGGUUUCGCUGUACUUCCUCUAAAUUUUCCAAGACUCAGAAUGCGCACGCAGCGCUGCCUGAACUUGUAUCAGUUAUUUAUGGACAGGAAACCUCCACAUUUUAAUUGAAACUCGAUGGUCUCGGGUUUCCACUUGCCUCUCAAAGUAUCGGAAGCCUACGAGAACGCCAGAUUCUGACAGCAUGAUUGCUACCGAAUACACUCUCACCGUCGAUGCUGCUUUCCCACGUUUCAAAACAUCUAAUAAAUUUCUUCUGCGAUAGUGCUCGAAACGAUACCGUGGAUUCUCGAAACAAAUUCCUGCCUUUGCAUAGCAAUCAAGCUAUCAGUUUCGCUCGAUUUAGCUAGGAGAACUCUACGCUAGAGGAAUCAGGGUCCUCGGUGUACUUUUUCGCUUUCGUAAUCAAUUGGGUGAUGCCUAAACUGCAAUUAAGUUUUCAUCGAAACCAGAGAGAGACGUGUAUCUUUCGCCGAGACUUUUACCUUGUCCAAACUAUCUCUGAUUACGUACUGCACGUAAUAAGUCGAUCUUCUUCGGUUCGUGCCACUUGGCGAAUGCUACUUUUCCUGGACACUGAUUUAUUUUAUAACGCGACCUUUUCCCAAGUAUCAAGUAAACGCGAAAUUACCAAACUUUCUGUUUUUUUUCCGAUUAUAAAUAAAUUCCACUAUUCUCAAGUAAUUAUUUCUUCACCUUUGCCAUUUAAGCAUCUCAUUUCUUUUUUAAUAAUAUAAUAUUUGCCUACUUGCUGAACUAAUGUACCGUGACAAUUCCAAAACGAGGUGAGCUUUUACACUAGGAGCUUUGCACUAGAAGUGAGCUUUACACCAAUAAUUAUCACACCAAUGAUUUUCCCGUGAUCCCCGAACAAAAAAUUGAAAAUCGAACAGAUCGAAGCAAACGCGUAAUUAACGAUCGCCGACGCGCGGCGAUAGAUCUAACGGGGAUCUACGCGAUCAAUCUCGAGCCCGGUGUGGAUUUCAUCCAUAGUUACCAACACGCCCGAUCGUAUAUCCAGCUAGCCCCCUCUAUCGAACGGACUUUCCCUCUCUCGCAGCUUUUCAUUUUCUGCUACCCUCCCUCCAGGGUCUCUUCCUUCCUGUAGCUCUCCUUCUCAGACCAAAGGACCUCGUCUCGGACGAGAGGACUCGACCACGGGACUGGAAACGUCGCAGUCGCGCGCCAGUGUCUCUCCGUGGGGACCGGAUGAAGAGGGGGCACGAGUCCUGUCGAGAAACUUUGAGGCCUGGAAGGAGCUGAAGUGAAAGACGGAGACAGGACCCUCGGAGGCUCUGGCUCGAGUACGAAUUCGCGGGCCCAGUGGCGUAGCCCAACGGUUCAAACCUAAUCGAAACGUUUGGCGCAGUCGUUGAUCGAUCCAAGCAAUCGCGUAACAGGUGGAUAGUUCAUUUGUCCAAGUUUGUUUGGCGAUUUUAUGACUUUCUAACGAUGGCGGAGAUAAGGAGGAACAAGGAUUCUAUUCUUCCUAUCUCGGCCAUCGUUAGAAAGCAGCUAAUAGGCGGCUCGUAUUGGCGAGCGAAUAUGGACAAAUUGGCUGUCUGACAUAAUUACUUGUGGAUCCAUCAAGGACUGCUGAUUUCGAACAGUAGCCAGAACAGGACAUGAACGGCUUGCUUGUUUCGUUAACGUCCCCUGUUUAAGGAAUUCCUGAAUUUAUGAAAAUAUCGGGAACCACCAGGUCGAUCGAGAUGAUCGAGCCACGAAAAUAUAAUUCUGGUUUGGUUGCAAGCCUCCUUCUGAUGAUGGUCGAGAUAAUAGUUAAUUAAAUGUGAAAAGUGCAUCGCAAGGUUCACGUUUUCUAUUCAAUGAACAAGGAGGAGCCUCGGAGAUCAUAUCCUUCUCCUUAUCUCUACCAUCAGAAAGCGAUGGAUACCACGAGUUGCUAAACAAACUCGAGUAAUUGUUCCUAGCUAAUCAUCGCACAGCCCGCGAUGGAAUCUGCGCAGGAUCCUUCGCAGGACAUCUUUCGUCACUCUUCUUUUCACCGAAGGUUACCCAACGUAAAAUCGAUUCGAUGAGAUUCGCGAACCUAUCGACACUUUCUGUUGGAAUAUUUACUAUAAUUUUAUUUUACUACAAACAUAAAUGUACCGAGAAUAAUACAGUGGCAAGCAUAUAAAUAGGGAAAAUUUAUAAUACGUUGUUCUGCAAACCCCAUUGGUAUUUCUCCUUUAGUCUUUACAUACUUUAAAAGUACAUUUCUGAAACUUUACAAUGCUACAUAGUUUUCAUUACUAAUUCCGUUUAAUGAAUAAAAAAAAAAAAAAACUAGUAGGCUUGAAAUAAGGACAUUUUUAGGGAUCAUCUAAACAGGGAACUACAGAAUUAUUUAACGAAAGAGAAAGUUUAUGCCUGCCCUCUUAUGUGUCUGAGAGGACACCUAUAGUUUCCUAGAGCCUAACCAGAUGCGCGAAAACUGCAGUAUAAAUCUAGAAAUUCUUUCUACCUUUUAAUCUCGAGCAGCUCCACGUAGAGAAAAGAUCUCAGCUUAUUCGUGUCAUUUUAGUAAUAAAUAUCGAAACUUUGAAUCAAUAAAUCUAGUACUUCGUCGUUUCGUUAUACCCCAUUUCCAAAACUUUCUUCCACCCAUUUCUCUCGUUCAUCUUAUCGUCGUCUUACAUUUCGGUGACAGCUGCGUCGAACGGUAGCCAAAAGCGCAGUGUCGUUACGUCACUGUUUGCGUCACACGAUUUUACAAGGUGUCGUUGAUGGAUCAAUUAAGCUACCGCGUAGGCCUGAGUCAAGGCGCGUCUCUUCCGUGCCUUUCACCCUGGAAGAGGAUCCAGGCGUCGCCUACGCCACUGCACGCGGUUAUGGAACCAGCGUCCUGGCCACCAAGGAUUCAAAAAAAUUCUAUAACGUCGCGCGAGUGGCCGCUCGCGCCGUGUACGCGCGUGUUUCACUUUUCCGCGGAACUUACACGCAAGGGGGGCUCGCUCGCUGGCUCGCGAUGCGCGUCGGGGGAAAGCGGACUAUAAAGACGGUGGAGCCUUGGGGGG